CGUACCGUACCGCAGCAAGCACAGAUUACACAAUUCAAUACAGUGCAAUACCACCAAAGCAUCCAUAGAACAUUAGCUGGAACUCCAUUCACUCGCUUCAAACUGCAAACUGGAACUUGUUGAAAGCCUAGUAGAAAGCCUUGAUGCAAACAAAUCAGUUCAGAUAAGGAACUCCAUCAUGGCAAGCUGUAGGAUAGUAAGAAGAAUUGGUAUACAUCGUCAAAGUCUGUCAUCAGUACAACCCAUCUUCUGUAGAGUCCUUUCAACUAAGACUUGUUAUCAUACAACACAACCUCAGAACAGGAUAAUCAGUGCAAAAUAUCUAACAAGGAAGAAAGGUGUUCAUCAUAGUAAUACUCAAGUCAAGAAAAGUUCCAUUGAACACUCUCAUCCAUUUGCUGGUCUGAGGGAGUUUCACACCUCAUGUGCUCUGGGAUUGCUGGAAGACAUUGAGUCUUGUUUGGAUCACACCAACCUUCUUAUGCUGGUUGGCCAGAAUCGGGCGAAGCUGGAUGAGAACCAUGUCAGUCAUGCAUUGGUCCAGCUUUGGGAAGUGAUGAAAUUCACUCCCAAUAGGACUUGUGUCCUUGAGACUGAAGUUCAUCACAAUAGGGAUUUCUUGAGUUUGUGUGUCCUUGCAGAGAAUAAAGUCCAUCUGAUGAAAGAAGAUAUCCUACCAGAUGUCCUCUAUGCUGCAAUAAAGUUACUCGGUCAAGACUUAACACACAGCUUAAUCAGAGAACUGAGAAACAAAUGCUUGAACUGUUUGGACAGGAUGUCUUGCAAGCAGUUGUCCAAAGUAGCAGUGUGUCUCAGUGACCUACAUGAAGGGAAGACUUCAUCCUGUGGAGCUGUAACUCAUGCCUUUGGGCAGAAGUUGGACACUAUAGAAGACAUCAGAGAGCUCUCUGCAUGGAUGAGAGAGUGUCUACCAUUGGCCUCUCCAUCACUCUGCUCUCGCUCAUUUGCCAAGGCUCUGGAAUUCAUAGAUAGGUUGGAUGCUGAUUCAGUUGGAAAGAAUGACUUGAGGAGAGUUUUGCAGGCAGCAGCAAAAGUCAGUGGGUCUCCACAAGCACUGAUAGAGAAGUGUGCAAAGCUGUUCUUAGAGAAGAUGGAGAAGGAUGAGAUAAGUGUUAAAAAUGUAUGUACUAUGUAUCAGCAACUGCAUGGAGGACUUGAUUACAGUGGAGAGAACAUCCAGCCAAGAGUAUCAACAUAUCUCAGAGGAAAGUUACCUGAAAUUAAUGAUGGUGCUGAGGCUAGUUUAGUCAUCAAUAUUCUUGCUGAGAGAGCUAAAGCAGACACCAAGUUUCAGCUAGAAGACAAAGCAGUAGAGCUUAUAGACCGAGUACCCAUGAACUACUUGCACCACCUUUGUCAUGGCCUGAAGUCAAUGAACUACUCUGCAAUGACACCUUUGACCAAGAAAAUAACUGCAAAGCUCCAAGCUCAUGGUUGCAGAAAUUUGUCAUUGGAUGGUAUUGCAAAGGUUUUAGAAUUUCUUGUUAGAAUUGAAGGUAUUGAUGAAACCUUGUUCAAGAAUAUGUACAUAGAUCUUGCUCAUAUGCUUAACCAUGCUAUUGCUCCAGGACGUGUCGUGCAUAUAAUCUAUUGUAUUUCACUUUUGCCGGUAUCCUCUGUUAGCAAUAUGGUAUUCAGUCGAGCAUCAGCCAUUCUACAUCAGCUUCACACCCCAGGAAUCAACCAACUCCUUAACUCUAUUGUACGUAUCUCCAGGAGAAUGGAAAGGAAGGGCCCACUGCCAAAUGGAUGUACCAAUCUCAUAGAACGGCUCCAGGAACUGGCCAUCAACUCUAUCAAUCAGAUAACAAGUGUCUGGUACCUGAACAACAUCAUUGACUUCCUGCUGGAAGAAGGUGAUCAGACCUUCCUCAUUAGUGUAGCCAUGCAACGCUAUUCUCAUAUCCUCUCUAAGUUGACACCACAGUUAGCUGUUGAUUGUGCCAGGCAUGUCUUCAGGAGCAAAUGCCUUCAACCAGACCUCCUGGAUGAAAUUGCCAAGCUUGUCAUUCAGAAUACCAAUAAGAUAACCCCGCUUCAAGUGUCUUACAUCCUGAGUCCAUUCAGUUCUCUUAAUUACAAGCCAAACAAUGCUUCUGAUCUAUUUGAUGCCUGUAUCAGUCGUAUGGAGCCUUUCCUUGACAGUCUUCCUGCAGGAUAUGUGGUAGAUGUUGCUAAUAUUUGUGCUUUGAGUCAGAGAUACCCAGAGACUGUCUUGAAGAAAAUCUUCAGCUUGGACUUCCUUACCAGACUUGAUGAAGAACUAGAAACCAUACCUGAGAGAAGUAUGAUGUAUCGUAGAAAGCUGAUGCACCUAAACAGAUCUGUAGCAUUGGAAUGUCCAGAGAUGCAGGUACCCUGGUUUCAUGAAGAUUUCUGCAGGGAUAUCCUCAAGAGCCGAAAAGUUCUUGUUCACUCCUCUUUGAGAGAGAUUCAAAGUGCUCUAGCAGAUGUACUUGGUGGUCCACAGUUCUUAAGAUCCUUCGUUGUCACUCCAUAUCACUAUGAUAUCUCCUUUGAAUGCUUGGUGGAUGAUGAAGGGAGCCCUCUACCUUGUGCAGAUUACGGCAGUGUGUUAAAUCAGCUUAAAGGUGUGGCCGGUGGUGUACUUGCUGAUCUCAUGCAAUGGGGAACUCAGACUAAACAAAUGCCAGAGGGGGCUCAAAGGGUUGCUAUUGACUAUCUGUUCAGUAAUUCAUACUGCGCCAAUUCUCGUCAUGCCCUUGGUAUUAUAGCUAUGAAGAAGCGUCAUCUAGAGCUCAUGGGUUACAAGUACAUACAGAUUCCUUAUUUCGAGUGGCAUUCUGCAGAACUAUCCGAGCCAGAAGACAAACUCCAAUACCUCCAUGAGAAACUCUCUCAAUCAGUGAGCACCUUACCUGGUGACAGACAGACUUUGCCUCUAGGAUCACAAGUCUCUGGACAGUGGGAUCCCCAAGGUGAUGUAGCCCUCAAUGGUCUAAGUGCUAUGCAGAAUGCUGACUUUGUAGAGGAUCCUCUUGUCAUGAAGGUUCUUAAUACAUUUGAUCGUAUGGGAGGCAGAAGGACUUGAAUGAUGAGAAUGAUUGGGCGUAUGUCACAGACUUAUCCUUGUACCUACAUGUAAGUGAAUCUGAUGAGGAGAGACCAGAAGUCGAUAUAUGAUGUGACGUGCAAUGAGCUAUGAUGUAGGAUGCAGACUUGUGUGCUUGAAAGUGAAUACACUGACCAAGGAAGGUUAAAUUGAGGGAAGGCUAAAAGACGUUGCACAUAAGUUAUCAGACGAAAAGAGACUUCACAAUGUAAAAUGGAGAAAGUAUGGUUCUUGAUGGAAUAAGGAGUCUAAAUAAUACGUACAUGUAUGAUGUCUUUGAUAAGAUCAGUAUGAAAAGGAAAGAUUGUUUUGUUCUUUUUCAUCUGACUACUAGGCAGAAUGCAAAACUCAUAAUUUGAUUAUCUUGUAAUGAAAUUCUCAUAUAUGUUUUAUUAUGAGGUAUAUCAGAAUUUAGUUGUUUACCUUUAUAUGAUCUUAUGUUAGGCUGAACAAGGGGUUCAUAAUCGGAUCGCGAGCCACUCUUGUACAUUAGGCCUCGCCAAGUGGCUCAUGCAAGCCACUAUGAAAAAAAAAACAUUUUUUUCAUUAGUUUUGUUAGAGUUCAUAUGUAUACUGUUAAAAUAAAUAUUAGCAGUUAUUAAAUCAUUUAAAAGGUCCCAUAUUCAAAAGCCUAGAGUGAACUUGUGCAGGCUCCUUGAUUUCAUGCCAUGAGGUUUUUGUUCACCCUACUUGCCACGUUGGAUAGUUGCAUUGUACAGAUUUCCAAUAAGAAGUUUAGCACUUUAACAAAUUAAUUGAGAGUCCCUGCAUGCUCUGCACUGUAUACCAUGUUGGAUGAAGAAGUGAGAAUUCAUCAUACCUUCGAUGUGAUGUUUUGGUUGCACUGAUUCUGUCUUGCCAAUUAACCAAUUUUCAUAUUCAGAACUAUGUUACCUGUAAAGUCAUGCUAUUAACUUAUUUCUACAUGUAUAUUUAUUUAUUAUGUUUUUUUUUUCUCAAGAUGUAUGCUAUCAGAUGGUACCUCACUAUCUUCAUGUUUAUGAUUUUGGUAUCCUACUAAAAAAUAUGCAUAUUUAUAUCAAUAUUUUCUGCAACGUUUACCCAAUAUCACACAUGCUUUGGUUCAGUUCUAAUUUCUAAGAAAACCAGAAUGCUUCGUAGUAAGCAACCAGAGGAUAGAUAGCUUUACAUCCUCUCAGAGGGAUCUGAUAUGAUGAGAGCUUCUUUAAGUGUACAUGAAUGUCUGUCACAUUAUACUGUAUGCAACUUUGAAAUGAACUUAUAAGUUUGACUUAAAAUAUACACUCUUUAAAGCCUUUUUAAAGAUUUUGUGCAAACCUUCCCAUAUUAGUUGUCACUGUUCUGUUCAUCACUACAUUAUAUAAAUGCUCAGUCCCACUACCAUUUCAGCUUUGUUUGGAUGAUUUGAAAUAAUAACAUACUUUUGUUUAUGGAUUUGUGAUUUUGCAUAAAAGUGCUA